AGUCGAAUACAUUCGUGGCAGCAACAUGACCGGCAGCAGCACCCAAGUCAAGGCGUUGGUCUGGUUGGCCCUUCUGGGCUUGGUGGCAGGAGCAUGCGCCGCCCUGCAUCGGAUACCCGUGCGCCGCUCGGAGAAGUAUGUGCGGACCCGGCAAAGUCUCAUGGCCGAACGGGAGCAUGUGUGGGGGAAAUACAACCGAAUGCCGAGCAAUGCCAGCAGCAACACGGAGAUCCUGACAAACGUCAUGAAUUUUCAGUACUAUGGCAGCAUCAGCAUCGGAACGCCGCCUCAGAGCUUCAGCGUACAGUUCGACACGGGGUCUGCGAAUCUGUGGGUUCCCAGCGUGAAUUGCUUCAGCGUGGACUGCUUCAGUCAUGAGCAGUACACCUCCGCGGACUCUAGCACGUAUCAGGCCAAUGGGACCACCUUCUCCAUCACCUAUGGCUCGGGCAGCGUGUCGGGCAUCCUCUCCACGGAUGUGGUGAACGUGGCUGGACUGACAAUUGAGGGACAAACGUUCGGGGAGGCCACCACAGAAACGGGCACUAGCAUGGAGGAUGCCUCGUUCGACGGCAUAUUUGGCAUGGCCUACUCCAGCCUGGCCGUUGACGGGGUUCCGCCGCCCUUCUACAAUUUGUUGAGCCAGAAUCUGGUGGAUGCGCCCGUGUUCUCCUUCUACCUCGCAAACAAUGGCACCGAGGUGGCCAGCUACGGAGGAGAGCUCAUCCUUGGCGGUUCCGAUGCAUCACUCUAUUCAGGCCAACUCGUCUAUGCUCCAGUGUCCAGCCAGACCUACUGGCAGUUCCAAAUGGACGGCGUCACUCUGGGUAGCACCACCUUGUGCACGGACUGCCAGGCAGUGGCCGAUACGGGCACCUCGCUGCUCAUUGCUCCGUACGACAUCUACCUGAUCAUCCUUUCGAUAAUGGAUCAGAACUUUGACUGCUCUGACAUUUCAUCCUUGCCCACCCUGACCAUCACUAUCAGCGGUGUACCCUUCCAGAUUCCGCCCAGUGCGUACAUCAUGGAAUUGGAUAGCUCCUGUACCCUGGGCAUCGAGUAUAUACAGGGCACUGAUUUCUGGAUUCUGGGCGAUAUCUUCAUUGGCCGCUACUACACGGAGUUCGAUUUGGGCAACAAUCGUUUAGGUUUCGCCUCAAUGAGCUCCGCGAGUAUUUCGGGUGCCUUCUCCCUAUGGAAGAUCCUCGGACUAGCAGCGCUUUGUGGACUGUGGAAGCUGCUCAACCUGGCAAACUAAACGCGUUCGCUUCGAUCCUCAAAGUCGAUCCUAGGAAAUACUUACGAGUACGUAUAGAAGUGUGACUUACAACCCAAAGUAGAUCGCUGGCACAUUAGUCAUGUAUUGCAGAUAACACGAAUAUCGGUAGCCCAACGCUAUCUUCUUUUUAUUUCUCUAUUUAAAUAAACAAUACGAUACGAUAUGCA